AGAGUCAGUCUUGCCCAGGCUAUGGUGGUGAGAGCUACGCUGCCGCUCCCCCGACCUGUGCUUCCACUCUGCUCUCUUAUAACUCCACUUAACUAGCGCGGUUUUAUACUAAUCUGCUAUUUUUAUAAGAGAUUACUAAUGCCCUCUGUGAGUGUGUGAUCAAAAAUCGUCGUGAAAAAACAAAAAAUGUUGUGAAAUAACUUGAGAUAAAGUUACUUGUGUUUGUUGAGGAUAUAUAAAUGUGAAUUAUUUCCUCGUGGAUAGUUACUUUGCUGAGGAAUUGCGCUGCCUAACAUCCUCAGUACAAAAAGGUGGAGGCGAGGGCGGCGGUGGGUGGAAGGAGGCUCCCGGUUGGUGUGGGCGUGAGUGUGGGCGUGAGUGUGGGAUGAUGGGCGGUGUGUGGGCGGGACUUGGUGCCUGCACCCUUCUAGUCCUCUUGGUUGGCCCAAUCAACACCUUGGCUGCAACGUUGCCGCCACGGUUGAGCUCCAAGGAUAGUGAAUUACGAUUAACAGAAGGCCAGCAAGCUGCCGUGGUGGAAUGCUCUUUAGACGUUGGUGAUGACCCUAUUACGUACCGCUGGCUCAAGAAUCAACAAUUGGUUACCGGAGCCCUUGGGUAUGCCUAUCGAGGAUACCGUAAAGUCCUUCUAGCAUUCCAUACUAUCCAGAAGCAACACGCUGGCACCUACACAUGCGAAGCCUCUAAUAAAGCUGGAGUUCAUUCUCAUACCAUAAAGGUUAUUGUUGAAAGUGCUGGAGUUACUCACACGAAAGAUGCUGACUUACCACAUACUGAUGAAAUUCUCAGUAAUAUUGCAACAUCCCUGAGUGAUGUGUUGGCGGAGGGAGAUUGUGCAUGCGACACCCUCUUCUUCCUGCACUCAUCCGCUGAUGCACCUCCCGAGACCCUUGCAGCCCAAGCUAACUUGGUACACACAAUUGCAGAUAGCAUUAUUUCAGAAUCCACCAGAGUAAGUGUGCUUACAUAUUCAGACUAUACUACCAGCAAGUUAUCACUUGGAGAGGGGGUCCAUCGUUGUGCUCUGCGAAAUGCAUUUGCUGAUCUGUCUCACCAGACGUGGGCUACACGCAUUCAACCAGUUCUCAGGGAGGCAUUUAAGAAAUUUAGGAAAUCCAAGGCCAACUGUAAACUUAUGUUUUUGCCUGUCCUUGGCUCCCUUGGGACAGAAGGAGCUGAUGUGAUAGGAGCUCAACAGUUAAAGAAAAUUGGUGUGAAGAUAUUCAUCCUAGAAGUGACCCCUGCUCCGCUGGAUGGGUUGAAGGAGAUGGCUUCCAAACGGGGUGAUGGACAGCCUUAUCACUGGCGUGUUCCCCUUCAUAUUUGGUCGACUAUUGUCAUGUACAUGAAAUACAUGACUGAAGAACUUGUGGGGUGUAUGCCCCAGGUGGAGGACGUCCCAGGAAAGUGUGUCAAUGCUGGGAGUGAAUGCACUAACAGCAGCAUGUGCAGCGGUGCAGGCACUGCGUGUCUCGAUGACCAGUGUCAGCUUCUAGAGUGUAAUGUUAACUCCAGAGGUCCAGGAUGUUGUGAAGGUCCGGAUCAGCACUGGUGUGGUGAUGUCACAAAACAAUGUGUGCCUUCUGCCAAUGUUUGUGAUGGCCAUGUUCACUGCAUGAAUGGUGCUGAUGAAGAUAAUUGCUGGUCAAAUCCGUGCCCCGAUGACAAGGUUGCUCGUUGUCAGAGUAGCACACUAUGUUUAGAUCUGAUGGACCUUUGUGAUGGCGUCUUAGCUUGUCCAGGAGGAGAGGAUGAAGACCCACGCUUCUGUAGAUCCUUUCCCUGUCCAGUAGAUAGGCCCUUUAGGUGCAGAAGUGGAAAUUGUAUUGAAUAUCGGAGCUUAUGUGAUGGAGUUUUCAAAGAUUGUGAAGAGGGUGAAGACGAAGACCUAGAUUUCUGUAGCAACUAUCACACCUGUCCUGACACUCGGCCUUUCAAGUGUGACUAUGGCAUAUGUAUUGCUGAAAAGAUGUUGUGUGAUGGCUCAUAUAAUUGUCUUGAUGCAUCAGAUGAAUUGGUAUGUGCAAAAAGGAGUUGUCCUGCUGAACGGCCCUUCAAGUGCUUAAGUGGUCUUUGUAUCAGCAUGGAUAAGGUUUGCAAUGGAGCAUUUGAUGGCUGUGAUGAUGGGUCUGAUGAAAAUAACUGCACUGAGAUUCCCUGCCCUACUAGUCGAAGCUUCAAGUGUUCUAAUGGCAUAUGUAUUGAUGGAUGGUUGGUGUGUGACAAAUCUGACGAUUGUGGAGAUGGAAGUGACGAACUUAACUGUGUCACAACAACUACUCAAAGGCCAGAAGAACCCGAGGAACCUACCUGUGGAGAGGGUGAAUUUUUGUGUGAGAGUGGAGCAUGUGUACCGGAGAGUAAGGUAUGUGAUGGGAGAAAGACUUGUCUGAAUGGGGAAGAUGAAAUGGAUUGUGAAUCUCGGCCAUGCCCAGCUGAUAGAACACAUCGAUGUGGAGAUGGCACUUGUGUUGCUUCAGCGCCACCUUGUGAUGAUGUUAACGACUGUGCAGAUGCAUCUGAUGAAAUCAACUGCACUCAUACAAAAGUAGCUUAUGAUGACACUUCAUCAGAUGAUGAUAAUGACAAUUAUAUUUAUGAAUAUGAUGAAACAACAUCAGCAACAACCACUACUACUAGUACUACUACUUCUACUACUACUUCUACUACUACUUCUACUACUACUUCUACUACCACUACUACUACAACAGAGUCACCCAUCAUUUAUGAGCCUGUGGAACCAGAAGAAGAAGAAGAAAAAACUCAUUUAGAUGUAGAUGUGAAAACUAAGAAGCAUGAUUCAAUAGAUUAUGAAGAAACUUUCCCAGAAAAUGAAGAAUAUUCAGAUGAAGUGGAUGAGCAAGCACCACCACCACCAGACACAUCUGUGCAUUAUGAUGAUCACGAUGAGGACAUUGAGGAUAUGGAUAAUGUUAAAACCGUGCUUGAAGACGUGGAACCAGAAAAUGUGCGACCUGCGGCUUCCAGUGAACAAGGAGUGUCUUCUAGUCCAUGUGUUGCACCUAUUUGUAUGCUUAUUGUAGCUCCUAUGUUUGUUAUAAGUUUUCGACAUGUGUGGACAAGGUGAAAGGUAACAGGCUGAGUGAAUGUCUCUCUCGCUCUAACCACCAAUGAACUUCAUCUCAGAGGGUAAAUGUGAUUCAUUUGCCGUUGAAGUAUUAGAUGCCUUGGGCAUAUUCCCAAGUCUUCCCAGAUGUUCAUUAUUUUUUUUAAUGUAAAUACCACCAAUUAACAUAAUUAUUUCUCACAAUUGUCAUAUGGUUGCUAACACAAAUUGAUCAUCAUUGAUCAGAAAUAUGCAGUUUAUUCAUAUACAGUAUUUGCAAGUUGAACGAGCAGGUUUGUAUUGCAAUUUCAUGUUGAAGGGAGGUAAGCAGUCCUAAUUUUUAUUAGUGUGUUUGCAGGUGUGCAUCGAUUCAUGUGGGUGUAUUUUUUUUUAUGUAUAAUACAGUACUGCGUGUGAAUAAUAAUAAUAAUAAUAUAUAUAUAUAUAUAUAUAUAUAUAUAUAUAUAAAAAAAUAUAUAUAUAAUAUAUAAUGUAUGUCAACUGAAGCUGUACAAUGGUAUCCAAAGAAUAGAAGAACUCUGGGAAUUUGAUCUGAUACCAAAGUUGUUAAUCUUGUGAGAAAUCUAGUUUGUGUGAAGCUUUUGAGAAUUUAAUAUAAUUAGGUGAUAAGACGGUGAUAUUUGGCUGAACUUCUCUCAUAACAGGACUACCUGGGGUAAUUACAUUUUGAUUUAAGCCUAUCAGGUGUGAGCUUUGGCCUCAUACACGUGGGGGCCGCGGUUCGAGUCUAAUAGAGCCAAGGUGAAUGGAAUUUAAGCCAAUCCUUUGUCAAAAAAAUAUUACUGUUUUGUGUUAAUUAUUUCUAUUUGGAUCAAAGGCCUUCAGAUUCAUUACUAUAGCCAUGGAGUUUGUAUAUUUAAGGCCUGUGAUGACGUAGGUCACAGUACUAAUCUCAUUAGGUAUUCCUUAGGGUGGAGCCACAGUGAUGCCAUAGAAGAUAGUCUUAAUAAACACUCAAUCCCAGGAUAGGUUAGGUAAAUUUGGCAUAAUGAUCUUUAACAUUUAUGCAGAGCUGGUUACUCUGUCAUUGUUAAGUUGAUAAUCUAAAUCACUAGGGUACUAUAGUGUACAAAUGAGCCAGGAUUCAUUAAUAAAUUUACAAGAUAAACAUUAAACUGGCUUAAAACUAAAUAAAAAGUUUAAGUAUAUACAGAUUCUUGUUUAACUGUAUACGUUUGCUCUAUAUGUUAAACUCAGUGACAUGUGCAAAAUACCAUUUGUAACUAUAAUACUUGAAAUUGGUUGUCUGUAUUUUUACAGUGGCUGCAUCAAUAUUAAAUGCAGUUACCUUAAAUGUAGUUGUUGCAUUCUAGGUGCAUGUAGCUGUAGUUCCAAAUGGUUUUAAUUGCAUGUAUCUAUAGAUAUUUGUCUUGGUUGUUUUUACCAAGGUCUGUGAUCAAUUGAUGCUCUUUUCACACAGCAUAAUUGCUGUUUUUGCUUCUGUUACUUAAAGACUGUUAUUGGAUGCAGCAGCCAUUAACUAAAGCUAUUUAGGCAUACAAAUAGUUUAAGCAAACUAAAUAUAGAUGUAGUUAUGUGGCCAGAUCUUAUCAAAAUAAGAUGGAAAACAAUCAUAUAGUAGUUGCUAGUAUCUGUAUAAAUCUACAGGUAUUUCUCAAUACAUACCAUAAUUUCAACUAGUUUAUUACUGAUUGCUUUAUUUAAGUUUUAUUAAUACUCUGUGAGUAAUUUUUUAAUGUUUCGAAAGAGCAUGUUUAUGUUUUUGAAAGAGCCUUACCAAAAUAUGCUAUGAAUGAAAAUACAAUAUGGCAUGUUAAGUCAUUAUUAAGAACAGGCAGCCUUGAAGCUUGCUGAGGUCCCCAUAGUCAAGGACAGAGAUCCCCAGACGAUUAUCCUGCUGGUACUGGCGUUGGUGUGAUUGGCCGGUUGAUGCACACAUCAUAUUAAGCUGUAACUGACUGACUUUUCCCCCUCCUUCCACCCAUCGGAAUCAACACAAGGUAACUAUAUCAACACACUAUAUCUUUUAGAAAACUGACAACACUAUUUUACUUGUAAGUACAGUACAGUAGUAAUUUCAGAUAAUUUCUCCUUUUUGACUUUAAGAUUUAUUAUCAAGUAUAGUACAGUAUUGGUUUUUACAUAAAAAGUCCAUAUAUUUCAUAUACAGUACUAUAAUGAAUACUGUAUGUAGAAAAUAUUUGUCAUUUCAACAUUUUUGACCACAGUGGAAUAUUUCCGUAAUUAAUUUUUUUUUUGUUAAAUAUGUAAAAUAUUACUUUUUUAUUUUUUGGAAAGAGAUACAUUAUUGGGAAGGAGUUCAAAAUUACCAAUCAUGAUGAACAAUGUUUUGUUAUCUAGAAUUCCUUACCAAUAUUUCAGAAUAAAUAUUUUGGUUAAAUGUUUGAAAUCAUGAAGUUUAACCUUACAGAUUUCAUUUAAUUUCUCUCCUGUUGAAAAUUUGCUGUAUCCAUAGGAAAUUCCUUUGCAUACCUACUUUAAACAUUCAAGACUUUCGUAUGGUGGUGAAAGGAAACAUUCUAUUGUUAUCUGACCAUUUAGCCUUCCCUGGAUGACAGAUUUAUGAUAAAUUAAUAAUAAUAAUUAUUUUUAUUUAUGCAAUAUACUUCACAUAUGUUAAUUGGUUGAAUAGUAAGUAAAGUAUUUGUAUAUUAUAUAAAGGCACUAGAUACACACAGCAUUUUGGGCAUUUAAAAAUCAAUACAGUGAUUCCUUAG